AUGGUGCGGGGCGCUCCCCGGGGGCUGGGGCCGCCGCUGCUGCUGCUCGCGUUGUGGCUGCAGGGCCGGGGGGGCAGCGCGGCGCCCGCGCCCCGGACAGAGGAUCUGAGCCUGGGAGUGGAGUGGCUGAGCCGCUUCGGUUACCUGCCCCCGCCGGAUCCCGUGACGGGCCAGCUACAGACCCAGGAGGAGCUGGCCAAGGCCAUCGCGGCCAUGCAGCGCUUCGGGGGUCUGGAGGCCACCGGUGUCCUCGAUGAGGCCACCCUACAGCUGAUGAAGACACCACGCUGCUCACUGCCAGACCUGACUCUACCUGGGGCCCGAAGGAAGCGGAACACCCCUGCCCUAACCAAAUGGAACAAAAGAAAUCUGUCCUGGAGGUAUGUGCACCCCGAUGCCAGCCUGGGCUCCUCUUUGGCUGCCAUCCCCCCCAAACCCUUCCCAAAGAUGGUCGAAGCCCCAGCAGGGUGACACGGGUGGUGGUAAAUGUGGCCUUUCACAAUCCCACAACCCUCCAGGGCCACUCACAUCUCCAGGCUGGGGGGGGUAUCUGUGUUUCUCUGUGAGUGUGUAUCUUCUGGCAAUGAGCACUGAGCUUGGAAUCAGGAAGACAUGAGUUCAAAUUUAGCCUCAA